CAUUAAUAAUUCAGUGUGUGUGUGUGUGUGUGUGUGUGUCGUCAGACCGCAGCCGUUACACAACAGUCGUCACACCUGUCGUGUUCUCUGUCCUCACACAGAUCCACCUGCUCCUCUAACAGCAGGAGAAACGCUCACAUUAUUAUAUAACAGAGGAAUCAGAUGAGAUUCGUUCAGAAGAGUUGAUCUCUGUGGUUCAGGAUCAGCCGAGGUUCUUCUGCUGAGCUGCUGGAUCAUGGCUGAGAGUCCACAGGAGCAGAGCCCAGGGGUGUUGAGUCGCAUCGGGAGCUGGCUGUCCUGGGGUUGGGGCAGAAAUGACCCCACCUCCCAAACACAACAAGAAGAGGACCACAGAGAAACCAGAGCAGACGAGACAGACAGUCCCUCACGAGGCGAGACGAGCCCAGCCCUCGAGCGGAAUGCCAAACAUCUGAGACUCCAACGCAGUCCGUCGAUUGAGAGGGGAAGGUCACCUGAUCUCUGUGACCAAAUGGGCCGGAGGAGAUCUAGCAGGAAGAGGCGGAGCUCCCACGGAGAUGGGGGCGGGGCUAAAUCCCCAACCAGUCCUCAACCUGAAAGCCCUGAAGCAACCAGUUUGACCGGCGGCCCGCGGAUGACAUGCGCUGACUCAGCUUUUGAGGAGACGCCAGACAGCCUUCCAGAAACCCCUGGAGCAGAAGCGCCAAACUCAGGGAACCGUGAAGAUGUCUCCCAAACACACCUGAGCGAAGACGCAGAUGUGGAUUCACUCGCCCGAGCGGCGCUGGCUUAUACAGAUAUGGAUGAGGAACGUGUGGUGAGGCUGACGGAGAGCGCCGAAUCCAAGCGCAGGAGCAUCAAGGUGUCUCACAGCGAGGUGGUCUUCCCUAAAAAGCUCUUGGUCGCCUCGGAGGAGCAGAGGGAAGACCAAAAGAUGACUCGUAAAGACACCGAACGGCUGAGAUCUGAUGGAAGAGCCAGAUAUCCAGAGGACAGAGCGGAUGGCACCAAUGUGAAGUCCAAAGGCCGAAUCGCAGACAAGAUCAGUCUGUUUGAGAGAGGAGCCACCAAUGCAGUCAGCAGCUCCACAAACCUGCGUCACCUGGAUAUUUCUCCAGCUCGAAAUGUGGCCAGUCGUCUUUUCACAGAACGUGCCGGAGCCCGGUCCAGUUCUGCACCUCCAAACCAGACGGUUAAAGAGAGGGCGAUGAAUUUUAAUGCAGGACGGAAGGGGGGAGAUAAUCUGACUUUGCCGUCUGGUCAUACGCUGAGUGAAGGACAUUCAAAAACUGCUGAAAUAUUGCAAUCUGAACGUUUUGAAAAAUCUACAGCAAAGACAGAUACCAGCGGAGAGCCAAAGGUUAAAUCCAAACCUCAUUUAAACAUAGAUCAAACAGACUCCAAAUCCCACAAUGCAACACAAAGCACAAGUGACUCAAACAUUGGGAAUAAAGAGCUGGAUUCUCCGCCAAUGGUUUCAUCACCUACUGAUGAGACACCAGAGGUGAAAUCACCAAACCAGACCAGCUCACGAUCUAAAAAGCGUCGGGGCAAAGAUCCGCGGAGCCCCACCAAAGACAAACCUCCUGUAGACAUUGUAAAGACCACAGAGCAGUAUUCUGAUAAAGAAAGACCCGACUCUUCUAGGGAGGCCGUAACCAAAACACCUAAAGUCCCUCCAAGUUUGGAGAAAGCAGCAGAAAUUAUACAAAGCACAAAGAAAAUAUCAGACUCUCCACAUGCGGACACAAAAUUUCCUAAAGAAAUUAAAAGCAAGGACGAGAAGCAGCAUAGCUCAAAUGAAGAGAAGACAGAGCGGACAGAGAUUGACUCAAAAACGGAAGAGAAACUGAAAAAGCAGCUUGGUCAUGAGCGCUCAGAAGGACAGGGGAAGAGGAACAGAGACGUGAUUGUAAACACAUCGUUUGGAGAGUCAGGGAAACCAGAUCCAUCUGUGACAAAAGAAGAGAAACCACCGUCCCUGGAGGACUUGAAGGAGGCCAACGCUAAAGACUGCUCUGAGCCAGCCAAUAACAGCACUACAGCUUCCAGGAGAGAAGCCAUGCGAAACAGAGGGAGUGAGACGGAUACGCUGGUCUUACCUGAGAAAAAAACUGAAAAUACCACUGAAAGUGAGCCAAAAUCAGCACAAACACCAUCCAAGACAAACCAAAAUAGUACUGAAGUCAGUACAUCAAAGCCAACCAAGCAGAAUGAAGAAGAAGCAAUUACAACAAAGACGACUAAACACGGUAAAUCAAAGAACACCUCAGCUGUGAGACAGGAAGACACUACAGUUUUGCCAACCAAUGAUGGUAAAGAGAAUCAGACUACAGAGUUAAACUCUGAAUUGUCUGAUCAGACUAAAGAAAACUCUACUACUACAAGUAGGACACCGGCAACACCAAACCCUACACUGGUCAAAGACCAGAAUGAAAAUACGGAUGCCAUAAUUUCACCUCAAAUUCCCUCUACAGAGGAAGGCGGUCUCAAAAGAGAUGAGCCACCCCUACAAAACCAAUCAGAGAGCGGAGAAGAACAGAAAACACAGGCAGUGUCUAAUAAAAGUGAUUUACAACAGCCUAGCACUGAUAUUAAAAAUGGAGGCACCAAGGAAACCCGGAGUGAAAUCACCGGCACAGAAAUUACAUCUGUAAUAAAUGGAGAUAUACACACUGUGCAGGUGGAAGAAAAUGCACUUUGCUCUAGCCUUGAAAAUAAAUCUGAAAUAUCAAAAAAGAAGCCCACUUCCUUGUCAUCCAAAGCCUCUGAAACAUGUACUGAGCAAUCUGGCCAGGUCACCGCUGAACCAGCCCCAAAAGAUGAUAAAGCUUUCGGUGAUAACGAGAACACAACUUUGUCAAACUCAGCUAAUAAAAAAACUAAUAAUGAAAAGACCACUCUUCCACCAACCUCUACCAAUGUAAUAACCACUCCUGAAAAACCAACAACUGUCGAAAAAAACACAUCUCCACCAGCCUCAACCAAUGAGAAAACCUCCACUUUGCCUACCUCAACUAAAGAAAAUGCUACAGGUCUAUCAGCAUCCACCGAUGAUGAUGAAAACAAACCUCAACCAGCCUCAACUGAUGAGACAAUCUCUGUUUUGCCUGUCACAACUAAUGAACAGACCACGCCUCCAACAGGAUCAGCUAAUGAACAGACCACGCCUCCAACAGCAUCAGCUAAUGAACAGACCACGCCUCCAACAGCAUCAGCUAAUGAACAGACCACGCCUCCAACAGCAUCAGCUAAUGAACAGACCACGCCUCCAACAGCAUCAGCUAAUGAACAGACCACGCCUCCAACAGGAUCAGCUAAUGAACAGACCACGCCUCCAACAGCAUCAGCUAAUGAACAGACCACGCCUCCAACAGCAUCAGCUAAUGAACAGACCACGCCUCCAACAGCAUCAGUUAAUGAACAGACCACGCCUCCAACAGCAUCAGCUAAUGAACAGACCACGCCUCCAACAGGAUCAGCUAACGAAAAGACCACCCCUCCAACUGGAUCAGCUAAUGAACAGACCACGCCUCCAACAGCAUCAGCUAAUGAAAAGACCACGCCUCCAACAGCAUCAGCUAAUGAACAGACCACGCCUCCAACAGGAUCAGCUAAUGAACAGACCACGCCUCCAACAGCAUCAGCUAAUGAACAGACCACGCCUCCAACAGCAUCAGCUAACGAAAAGACUACUCCCCCAGCAGGAGCAUCAAAUGAACAGACCGCGCCCCUAAGGGGAUCAACUACUGAACUGACCUCGCCUCCAACAGCAUCAGGCAUUGAUUCAGCCACGCCUCUACCAGCACCAACCAUUGAGACAACUUGCACAUUAUCCGAUAAUGUACAAACCAUACCAUCUGCCUCAUUAACCGUUAGGUCUCCUUCCACUUCAUUAGCCUCCAGUGAUGAAAAGAACAAACCUCCACCAGCCUCAUCUAAUGAAAAUGACACAACUCCAUCAGAGUCAACUAGCAAAAUGACAACUAAUGAAAAUACCAUAUCCCCACAAGCCUCAACCAAUGGCACAACCUCCACUUUACCUGCCUCGCCUAAAGAAAAGACUACACCUCCACCAGCAUCAACCACCGAGACACUCUCUGCUACAUUAAGCUCCAGUGACGACAUAAGCAAACUUCAUCCAGCCUCAACUAAUGAGACAGUCUCUGCCUUCCCUGACUCAGCUAAUGAUAAGACAGUGCCUUCAACAGCCUCAACUAAUGAAAAGAACACAGCUACAAUAGAGUCAAGUAAUAAAUGGACAACUAAUGAAGAGACCACAUCUCCACAAUCCUCAACCAAUAAAACAACCUCCCAAAAAAAGACUGCUCCCCUACCAGCAUCAAUCACUGAGACAAUCUCUGCUACAUUAAGCUCCAAUGAUGACAAGAACAAACCUUCACCAACCUCAACUAAUGAAAAAACUACAUCUUCAUUAGACUCCAAAGAGAGAACCACACCUCCACCAGCCUCAACUAAUGAUACAAUCUCCACUUUGACUGGCCUGGCUAAUGAAAAGAACACCCCUCCCACAGCAUUAUCCAAUGAAAAAGCCAAACCUAUACCAGGACCAACUAUUGAGACAACCUCCACAUUAUCUGGCUCAGAUAAUGAAAAGACCACUCCAUCUGCAUCAUCAACCAUUGAGUUUGCCUCCUCUUUAUUAGGCUCAGGUGAUGAUGCGACCAAACCACCAUCAGUCUUAAAUAAUGACAAGACCACACCUCCACAAGCCACAACUAAAGAAAAUGCUGCACCUCUACAAUCUUCAACCAAUCCACCAGUCUCCAUUGAUAUCACUACUAAAAAUGAAAAGACCACACCACUACCAACAUCAUCCCAUUCCCCCCUAACCUCUAUCAAUGGAAAUAAUAUAACUCCACUUCCUUCAUCCAAAGAAAAGACAAUAUCACCACCAGACAAUGAUAGUAGCAAGGCCACACCUUCACCAGAAAAGCCCUUGGGUCCUGAAGUCUCAGCGAAAGAGAAGAUCUUCUCCAUUAAAUCUACAACUCCAUCCACAAGAAAAAAUGAAUUUAUCCUCAAACCCUUUCACCUUCCACAAAUCCCUGCUGCACCCGGAAGCUCCUCCCAAAGCAGGGACUCUCCGUCUAGCUGGCUCGAUGUGGAUCACCAACGUCCUUUAAAGAAGAAGCUGUUGAUUCCAGAUCCCAAGCUGAGCUCCUCUGCGAGUGAGACCAACCUCCUGAACACAUCGGGAGAGUUUGACCCAGAUGACUUCAUUGCAAAUGUGAAAAGGCUAGCAAUGCCAUUCAAUCUUCCCCUACGCAAACACAAUAAGCAUCGUCUGCAAGCACCUCCGUUUGCCAUGCCUGCCAUCAAAGAAGACCACUUUGAGAAACCCUUUGAUCCGGAGGAGUUCCAGUAUGGCUUGAGGCGAAGGAGAGAAUUCAUUUUGGAUUUGCCUUCAAGUUCAAAAUCAAAGAGUCAAGCUGCAGAAGUCAAGGACGCAGAGAUCAAACCAAAACGAGAGAGCAUCCUCACGAGGUCCGUUAUCUUUCAGAGAGCAAGGAAGGGGUCUGAAAAGGUAGAGGAAGAAAAAGUGGAGGGAACAGAUGUAAAUACAACAGAAAAACUGAAGCCAAAAUCUCGUUUGGAGAGAUGCUCUAUCGUCAGCGUUCUACGCAGCCCCAGUAAAGGAAGACGAAUGGAGUUUUUAAGCCCCACUGAGAGUCCUUCAGGUGGACUGUUAUCACCCAGCGAUGGUUCUGGGUAUACAGCACCUCCAGAAUUACAGCUAGCCCCGACUAUAGAACCAACCAAAUUGGUCCCAAUAGCGGAAACCCUAGUUAAGAAUAACAGCCACGAUACACUGUCUGGUUCUCAGGUUAUUCUAAAAUCUAGCUCGGACAUUGGGCUUGCCAUGACACCUGACCUCAAAACGUCUUCAAGAGACCCCACAGUCUCUCUAUUAAAAGACUCUAGUGGUAGCCAAGCUAGUUCCCAGGUUGUACCGACUCCUACAAAAGAUGAUGGACCUACUCUUGCACCUGACUUGAAAGCAAAUUCAGUAGACCCUUCAGUCACCAUGUUUACAGACACUAAUGUUCCUACGCCCCCCAGUGAUUCCCAGACCAGUUCCCAAGUUGUGCUGAAACCUAUGAAAGAUAUUGGACCUACCCUGGCACCUGACUCGAAAACAACUUCAGCAGACCUUCCAAUCACAAUUUUAACAGACACUAAUGCUCCUUCACCUAGUUGUACUCAGUCUGGUUCCCAGAAUGAUGGACUUGCCAUGACACCUGACCUUAAUGCCUCUACUCCUCCCAGUGGUUCCCAGACUGAUUCCCAGGUUGUACUGAAACCCACUACAGAUGAUGGACCUACACUGACAUCUGACUUAAAAAUAACUUCAUUAGACCCUUCAAUCACCACGUUAACAGACGCUAAUACACCUCUGGCGCCUAGUUAUACCCAGUCUGGUUCCCAGGAUGAUCUUAAACUUAUCAAGGAUGAUGGACCUGCAAUAAUACCUGAUCUCCAAAAAACUUCAAGAGACCCCACAGUCACUAUGUUUACAGACUCUAAUGAAUCACUGCUUCUCAAUUGUACCCAGACUGGUUCUGAUGAUGCCCUGAAAACAGCUACAGUAGAUGUGAAUGCUUCUCCACCAUGUCCUUGCUUUGAUGACAUAAUGUUGCCUUGUUUCCUGGAGAAAUUUCUUCCUGAGGAACCUGAAAACACUCAACCAUCAAAUAAGAUCAACCCACUGAUGGCUAGAGAAAGUGCCUCAGUUCCUGGUCUAGUGGAUCUGAAUAAGGCUGUUGACGUAGCUGAAGGGAAGAUCCCAGAAGAGACGAUUCCUCCGGCACCUGUAGUUCCAGCGGCUCAGAUCCCUCAAGCUAAACCUCAGCGAAAACUUCCAAAUAUUCCAGCUUCUCGCGGAAUCCACCGGCGUCCUGGAAAGAUUGUGAUAUUUGAGCACCAUCAGUUCAGCGGUCAGUCCUUUGAGUUCUACAGGGAUCAACCUGAUGCCACACACAUGAAACUGUCCAGUGUCAUAUCUGUUAAAGUGGUCAGAGGAUGCUGGAUAUUAUAUGAGAAACCGGGAUUUGAGGGACGAUGCAUCCCUCUGGAAGAGGAAGGAGUUAUAGAACUGCCCAAUCAAUGGACAGAAGAGGGUGAAGAAACAUCUGCCCCUGUGGUCAUUGGCUCAAUUCGACUGGCUGUCAUAGACUACACUCCUCCCCGGAUAGAGCUGUUCACCGAGCCCGCUGGAAUGGGCAGAAGCUCUGAGUUUGUGGAUGAAACUGUGGAAGUGGGCAGUUUUAACCGUCCUCAGAGCACCGGCUCCAUCAAAGUCCACAGUGGCCUGUGGAUGGUUUACAGUGAUCCAGGUUUCCAGGGUCUUCUGGCGGUUCUGGAGGCUGGAGAGUAUCCGUUCCCGGAGGCCUGGGGUUUCCCGUCGCCCGUGGUCGGCUCUCUGAGACCUCUGAGAAUGGGCGCUCUGAAGGUCGAGAAGCCAAACGCAGUCAAGGCCGUGUUGUAUGAGAAGGCCGGUCUGGAGGGCCGAUGCAUGGAGGUUCAGGGAGACGUCUUCUCCUUCACCAGGACAGAAACAGACCCGAGCGACCCGGACGAUCACGGACUGAACUGUGUGGAAUCACUCAAGAUCCUCGGAGGCCUGUGGGUGGGAUACGAUGACGAAGGUUUCGAGGGGCAGCAGUUCGUUCUGGAGGAAGGAGAGUAUUUGGACUGGACAGACUGGGGCGGAACGGGGGAACAACUCCUCUCUCUACGGCCCGUUUUCAUGGAUUUCUCCUCCCCUCAUAUGAAGAUGUUUAGUGAGCCGGACUUCUCAGAGCGCGGCGUCUGCAUGGACCUCCUGGAGCCGAUGGAUAACGCCAUGAACACACGCUACGGCCCGCAGACGCGCUCCAUCGAGGUCCUGGCCGGAGUGUGGGUGGUGUUCGAGGGUCCCGGGUUCACGGGUCAGCAGUAUGUUCUGGAGAAGGGUCUGUACGGAAGCCCGGAGGACUGGGGCUCCUCCCACAGCCGCGUCUGCUCGGCCGUCCCCGUGAUCCUGGAAAAUCUGGAAAGCUCCUGCCACUUCCAGAUGGAGUUAUUCUCUGAGUCUGGAUUCGGAGGAACAUCUGUCCUGCUGAAGGACUCGUUACCCACAAUCCCCAGCGGCUUCAGUGUGCGCUCCUGCAGGGUUCAUGCGGGCAGCUGGCAGGCGUUCAGCGGCGAGUGUUUCUCGGGUCAUCAGUGUGUUCUGGAAGAGGGUUUUUAUCCUGAUCUGAGGACGAUGGGUUUCUCUGAGCCGGACGCAUCAGUGCUGUCUCUGCAGCCCACGGGACUCGAGCUCUCGGUGCCGACGCUGCUGCUGUUCGAGCGAUCUGGACUCCGAGGACGGAGGACGCCGCUGAAGACGGCUUCGGUGAAUCUGCAGCUCACACACAGCUGCUCCAGAGUAUCUUCUGUGCUGGUGCUCGGCGGCAUCUGGGUUCUGUAUGAGGAUCUUAACUUCAGAGGCUCUCAGAUCCUGCUGAAGCCUGGCGCCGUUCCUGAUUGGCCAAAACUCUCCUCCUGGCUGCGAAUAGGAUCGCUUCGGCCGCUCAUUCAGAAACAAGUGCAUUUCCGUCUGCGGAACAAAGAGGCGGGGCUUCUGAUGUCCGUCAUCGGAUUAUUGGACGACAUCAAACUGAUGCGUAUCCAGGUGAGCGAGGAAACGGGCGGAGCUGAGCAGAUCUGGACCUAUCAGGACGGUCAGCUGCAGUGCAAGGCUCUGCUGGACGUGUGUGUGUGUGUGAGUUCUGGUGGCCUGAUGUCUGGCAGUAGAGUGGUUCUCUCCGCUGAAGCCGGAACACCGCAGCAGCUCUGGAGCGUCUCGAGUGACGGGAUCAUCCGGAGCCAUGCCAGACCGGAGCUUGUGCUGGAGGUCAAAGGGGGUCAGCAGUUUGACAAACACCAGAUUAUCGUGAACGAAUUCCACCCUGACAAACUGAAUCAGCGCUGGUCUCUGGAGCUCCUCUGAGCUGCGCCACAGGACCCACUGCUCUGCUGCGGAGCUGCGCCAGGGGGACCAGCGUCCUGUGAGGCAGCUGCACCAGGAGGACUCUCUUUCUCAUGAGAGCCAGUGGAUGGAAAAUGACCAUAAUCAGCUGGACGUUGUGUUAUUUUCUUAGAUGAACUCUCAGAUCGACAGGAAGAAAACACAUUCUUGAACAAUAAUAACUGUUUUCUUAUGUGUCAAGCGUAUAAACGUGCCUGUGUGGACACUGUAUUAAAGCACAAAGUGUUUAGAAAAUGUUUUUAAAAAAAGUUUGUUGUGUUCUAAUCAGUGAGACGUGAGAUCAGCUCUGUGCUGAUUGGCCCGUGGGGAUUGGCUGGCUGCUGAUUGGCUGUCAGGGGAUUCUGGUGUUUUAUGGUUCAGGAGCUCCAGACAGAAGCCUCUUCUCACAGUCAGCACAAACCAGACCAGUGCUGAUCUGCAUUCGGCCACGAGUUAUGCACUGCUACAAAAAAACAGAUAAUAGUGGAGUGAAUUACAUGAGUUUUUUCUUGUAAUUCUGAGAAUUAUAAAUUGCUUUUUUAAAUCAAUAACUGAAUUUAUUACUGGACUGCACUGUAAAAACAACAUCCUUGUUUAACUUAAAAACUUAAUUCAUUACAACUCAUUUAUCCAAAUCUUGUCUAGUUGAAUUGUGUAUGUAUUCUGUGUAUGAGUUAUUAUUUUCAUGAAAAACAUGUCGUUAUGCAGAGUUAUUAAUUCAUACAAUUUAAAACAAUAACAUAUGGAACAGAAAAAAAACAUUCAAAAUAUUAAUAAAAACUAUUAUAAU